AUGUCGGACUCUCCCCAGAACGGCUCUGGCACGCCUACGGGCUUCCAGCGUCCUCUGAACAAGCAGCUGGAAACCGUUGUGCGCACCCCAGGCCGCCAGCCAUCUCCCCAGCCCACCCAUCUCGGUAUCCCUGGAGGCCCUCACCGUGUCCUGGCCGAGCAGGGCCCCGGCUACGUGGCAGCCAAGUUCGAGGGCAAGGAGGCACAGAUGCUUGCCGUGUCCGAGCAAUUGGAGAACAAUGGCUUCAUUCCAUACGAAUUCGUGGCCUCCGAGACAAAUUGGUUCUACAACCUGCUCGGAAUUGACGACAUGUACUUCCAGACCGAGACCGUCGAAGUCAUUGCCAGCCAUAUCCUCUCCCUCUAUGCUGCUAAGGUGGCUGCCUACGCCCGUGACGACAAGCGGCUAGAGAUCAGACUCGACAAGGAGGCCGAGGACCACGCCGUCUACAUCGACACCAGCAGACCCGGCAUUACUACCACUGAUGGCCCCCGCUACGAGCAGCGUAUCGAUGAGAAGUACAUCAACGGAGCUACAGCUACCGACAGCUUCCGCGUCGAGACCUUCCGCUCCUCCAGCCCACUGCCAGACAACAGCGAGCAGCAGCUCCGCUGCUACUUUGUCUACAAGUGUCAAUUCGCCAACCCCAACCCUGACCCCGAGGAGACCAACAUUGAGGUCGUCGGUGACAAGCUCUUCCUGCAGAAGGCUACCGAAAACACCAAGGCGAUCUACCAGGAGCUCCUAAUCAAUGCCGUUGCCCGCUCCGGCCCCGUCAUCAAGAUGUUUGAGAUCGAAGGCAGCCGCGAGAAGAGACUCGUUAUUGCCUACCGUCAGGGCUCUGCCAUGGGCUUCUUCUCUGCCCUCUCGGAUCUGUACCACUACUACCGCCUUACCAGCUCCCGCAAGUACCUCGAGAACUUCUCCAACGGCAUUACCAUCGUGUCUCUCUACCUCCGCCCAAUUCCUGGCUCCGAGACCUCCAGCAGACACCCUCCAAUUGAGGCUGCUGUCCACCAGAUCCUCAAGGAAAUCUCCCUCCUCUACUGUAUCCCCCAGAACAAGUUCCAGAGCCACUUCAUCAGCGGCCGUUUGAGCUUGCAGGAGACCAUCUAUGCUCACUGCGUCUGGGUCUUCGUCCAGCAGUUCCUCAACCGUCUCGGCUCUGAGUACACCUCGCUCGCCGCCAUCUUGGACUCGAGCAACAGUGCACAUGCUGAGCUGCUUUCCAAGCUUAAGAAGCGCCUCCGUUCCGAGACCUUCACCUCCGACUACAUCCUCGAGAUCAUCCACAAGUACCCCGAUCUCAUCCACAGACUCUACCUCAACUUCGCCAACACUCACUACGUCCAGACUAGAGGCGAGGCCCAGGAUGAUUUCCUCCCAACCCUCAGUUACCUGCGUCUGCAGGUCGAUGAGGUUCUUAAUGCCGAACAAUUGAAGGAGCUUGUCUCCAAGACCGUCGUUAGUGAGAACGACAGAAUGGUCAUGCAGUCCUUCCUCACCUUCAACGCCGCCGUCCUUAAGACCAACUUCUACACCCCCACCAAGGUCGCCCUCAGCUUCCGUCUCAGCGCGGACUUCCUCCCCAAGCAUGAAUACCCAGACCCUCUGUACGGCAUGUUCAUCAUCAUCAGCUCAGAAUUCCGUGGCUUCCACCUCAGAUUCCGAGACAUCGCCCGUGGUGGUAUCCGUAUUGUCAAGUCCCGCGACAAGGAGGCCUACGCUAUCAACGCUCGCUCUCUGUUCGACGAGAACUACAACCUCGCAAACACUCAGCAGCGCAAGAACAAGGAUAUUCCCGAGGGCGGUGCCAAGGGUGUCCUGCUUCUAGAUGUCAACCACCAGGACAAGGUCGCUGUCGCUUUCCACAAAUAUAUUGACAGUAUCCUUGAUCUCCUCCUUCCACCAGUCAGCCCUGGAAUCAAGGACCCCAUCGUCGACCUCCACGGUCAGGAUGAGAUCCUCUUCAUGGGUCCCGACGAGAACUCUGCUCCUCUCGUUAACUGGGCCACUGAGCAUGCUCGCAAGCGUGGUGCUCCAUGGUGGAAGUCCUUCUUCACUGGAAAGAGCCCUAAGCUCGGUGGUAUCCCCCACGACCGUUUCGCUAUGACCACCUUGUCUGUGCGUGAGAACGUCGAGGGUAUCUACCGCAAGAUGGGCAUUGACCAGACCAAGGUCCGUAUGUUCCAGACUGGUGGACCUGAUGGAGAUCUCGGUUCCAACGGUAUCUUGCUCGGAAAGGAGCAAAAGAUGAUUUGCGAAUACGACGCCUCCAAGCUGUCCAAGGACGGAUACCGUGUUCUUUGCGACGACAGUAACGUCACUCUCCCAUCCGGCGAGGUCGUUAACAACGGUACUGCCUUCCGCAACACCUACCACCUUCGCCCUGGUAACUACGACAUCUUCGUUCCCUGCGGUGGCCGUCCAGAGUCCAUCAACCUUAACAAUGUUUCCAGCCUCAUCGUCGAUGGCAAGUCCGUUGUUCCAUUCAUCGUUGAGGGUGCCAACCUUUUCGUCACCCAGGACUCCAAGCUCCGUCUCGAGAAGGCCGGGUGUGUCAUCUACAAGGAUGCUUCUUCCAACAAGGGUGGUGUCACCUCCUCCUCCCUUGAGGUCCUUGCUUCCCUCUCCUUCGACGAUGCCGGUUUCACAGAACACAUGUGUGUCGCCAAGGACGGUACCCCACCACCAUUCUACGAUGCCUACGUCCGCGAGGUCCAGGAGACCAUCAAGCGCAAUGCUCGCUUGGAGUUCGAGGCUAUCUGGAGGGAGAACGAGCUCACCGGCACUCCCCGCAGCGUGCUCAGUGACACUCUCAGUCUAGCCAUCACCCAGCUUGACGAAGAGCUGCAGAAGUCCGAACUCUGGGAUAACAUUCCUCUCCGCAAGGCUACCCUGAAGGAUGCUCUUCCUAAGCUUCUCAUUGAGAAGAUUGGCCUGGAGACUCUUUUGGAGCGCAUUCCUGACAACUACCUCCGAUCCAUCUUCGGUAGUUACCUUGCCAGCCGCUUCGUGUAUGAAUACGGCCCCAACCCCAGCCAGUUUGCCUUCUUUGACUUCAUGGGCAAGCGUAUGCCAAAGGAGGAGAACUAGAGUGUCUCGCUCCCAACACGGCACAGCAGAAGGGCGCGGUCCAAUCCCCGUUUCCUUUUUGGAUAAAUGUACAAGACCAAAUAAAAAAAAGAACCCUGAUGUGUUUUCCUUCCAUUUUCUCUUCCCUUAACGAGCCCCCGUCCCGCCCUGCCACUCCUUAUCACGACCCGAAUCGAAAC